AAAUCUUAGUAGUAGCCUAGGUACUUCUCAAAUUUUCAGAAAAAUUUAAAACACAUCUUAAAUGCUCAAAUUCUGCAAGAAUGUCACUACGCGGAUCCGUAAGUUCCGACCGAAGGCUACGCCGGAGUUUAACUUGCUUAUCCUGGGCCUAAACAAUUCCGGCAAGAGCACGUUGGCCGGGCGUCUUUGCAUGGAAACCGAGGAGGCUUUAAGGCACACUAACCCUACGGUUCGUGUAAAUGAGAAGAAUUUGGCAUUUAAGAAUAUAAGAGUACGUAUGCGUGAUUUGAGCGGUCAGUGGAGAAUGCGUCAGUCAUGGCACACCUAUUACCAAGAUACCAAUGCCUUGAUCUUUGUCAUCGAUAGCACGGAUGUGUCGCGUCUGAGUGAAGCACGUUGCGAGCUCUGUGAUGUGUUGUUGGAUGAACGGAUGUCCCAGGUGCCUUUGCUGGUGUUGGCCAACAAACAGGAUAUGAACGGUGCUUUGUCCAGUUCCAUGAUUGUUGAAUUAAUGGGCUUAAACCGUUUGGAAGGUCGUGCCUGGAAGAUACAGGAAAUCUCCACAUUAACAGGCGAUGGUUCCUUUAAAGUCAUUGAGUGGAUCUAUAGAAGCUUCAAACAACAACAGCCGCCAAGUCGAAUUCAGAAAAUAUUAAAUCCCACAUUCAUUUUUGGACAGAUAUGUCCACUAGACUGUCGUCGACCCAUGGUGGACGCUUAAUUAAUUUAUGCAUCGGGCACAGUAUAAUCUAUUCUUGUCAAAAAUAAACUGGAAAUGGGCCGUGGCACACAUCAGAAUAAUCCAAAGAGAGAAUAACGACUGAAAAAUAAAUAAAAUAUGUUAUGCAUUCAUUUUA